AUGGAGAAGAGCGAACUUGCUCCUCAGUGGCGCAGAAGAGCGGAGAAGCUUAACUCAUCGGAUCCCGAAGUAGUUGCCUGGCAAUUAGGGGUUGAGCGUAGGAAGAACGAACAGAAGAAGGCUAAACGUGCUGCGGAGACACCGGAGCAAAGGGAGGAACGUCUAGCAAAGCGACGUCGCCAGGAGGCUGAGCGACGUGUCCAACCAUGUCAGCAGCAGCAGCAACAAGAUACCGUCGGUGACGUCAAGGCUCGCCGAGAGGAAAGCGCUGCUGACCGCGGUGCUGGCGACGCGGCAAGUGCUGAGUCCCAUGUAUCUGUCGGCACAGCGCCUGGGACAAGCGGCUUAAGAGAGCCACGGCAGGCAAUGAGGAGCAGAAGGUCAGAACAGAGAGCGGACGACCUGCUGUCCUCUUUCGCUGGCAACUAUGCUGAGUCUGUUGCACUCGCGCAACAGCCCAACAACAAAAUACAGGACCUCCUCCAGUCGGUUCAGCAGCUGAGAAUGGCAGUCGAAAAUCAAGGCGCGGCGACGUUGCGCCAAGCAGUAGCCACCGAGCGUCUCGCUUCUGCUGCUGAGCAACAAGUGCAGCAAAACACUCAGCUGCUGCAGGAGCUGCGGAGCCUCACACGGAUGGCGCCAGCACUGCUGCUUUGCAUUCAGCAGGCCAUGGGGAUGCCACCAGAAGCCCCAGCAGAUGGACCACCUUCUUAA